UUAUAUAAAUGUUUUUAAAUAUUUUGAUGCUAACACAAAUCUUGGAAUCAUGAAAUUAUUAAUUACCUUCGUGAUAGUCUUAACUUUUUUGACAUUAAUUAUACAUGGAAACGUUAUUCCAAAUGAUUACGAUAUAAUUACGAAUGCAUCAGAUAUCUGUGCAAAUAAAUCUUUAAUACUAAGAUUUCCUUCUUCAAUAACAAUAGAUAAAUAUUUUAUUGCUUCUCCUGUUGUAAGAUGUAUUGACAUAAAAGGCAUUGUUAGCAUUAAAGAAGGAACUUUUGAUAACGUGCCAAAUUUAAAAUAUCUUGAUCUCCGAGAAAAUUAUAUUUAUCCAGUUAACUUCUUUUCUUUUGGUAAUCUUUCAAAUGUGGAAAUAUUACGUUUCGGUUAUCAAAAAAAAACUUCAACUUCGACAGAAAAUAAAAUAUCAGUAAUAAGGAAUGUAUAUUCUGAACUUCGAUAUUUGGAUUUAGACUAUGCGAAUAUCAUUGAAUUACAUAGUGAUUUGAUUUACAAUCCAUUCCCAAAAUUAACACAUUUAUAUAUUUCAGGGAAUAUGAUUCAGAAAAGUUUUCUGAAUAUUUUACCUAACACGUUAAUGUAUCUUAAUUUAAGCAAUAAUAUAAUUUCCGAAUUCUCGUUCGAAGGAUUAAAUAAUCUAUUGUCGUUAACCUUAGAUAAUAAUAAAAUCAGCAGAAUGGGAAAUGAUAUUAAUUUGAAGGGAUUGUACACGUUGAAGAAUUUAUCAUUGGCCAACAAUCAAAUCAGUGUUUUCAACAAUAAUACAUUUCAAUAUGUACCCAAUCUUCGAUAUUUAAAUCUUUGUAAUACUUCUUCGAAUUUUAAUUUCAAUAUAUUUCAACCUUUGAAACUUUUAGAGACUCUUAUGUUAGAUAAUAAUUUAUUCGAAGAUAUUUUUAUUUCAACAUUUUUAAAUAUAACUACGCUCUCGUUAAAUAAUAACAAAUUAAGAUACCUAACGUAUAGCUCUUUCAUCAACAUGCCAAAUUUAAGAAAAUUACACAUAAGCAGCAAUAUGAUUUCAAGCAUCAAUGUGGACACGUUUGAAAAUCAAAAUCUGUUGGAGGAGUUAUAUCUUGAUGAUAAUGAUUUAAGUUUUUUGCCAAAAAAUUGGUGUGAAUUUAUGAAGAACCUUCGAUAUUUAAAUCUGUCGGGGAAUAAAAUAACUUAUUUAGAAAUGGUGAUUUAUAGUUCUACUUUGCCUAUAAAAAAAUUAUAUUUGGAACGUAAUCCUGUUCAAUCUAUUAAUAUGUCAAGUAUAUUGCAAAUAAUACCAAAAAAUAUGACAAUUUAUUUAAAUUUAAUUCAAUAUAAAACUGUAUUAUUUAUCUUGAUAUUGACCAUCGUAAAAAGUAAAUGCAGCCCUAAAAUAUCUUGGGUUCCAAAUAUUAUAAAAGAAAAUUUAGACAAAAUAAUACUUGAUAAACAAUCUUUUGUAACAUGUUCUCAAGAGGAAAUUGUGAACUUAAAAGGAUUAAAUUUAAAUGAUAUACCAACAGAGUUAAUUAAAAGUAAAACAAUACAGGCAAUUUCAUUAGAAAAUAAUGAAAUAAGUGUAGUUCCUAAGGAUAUAUUUUACAAAAUUCCAAAUUUACAAUGUCUUGAUCUAGCACGGAAUAAAAUUUUAGCUGAUGAUCUUGAAAUGAAACAUGAUCGUUUGAAAACAUUAAUUCUCGAUUAUCAAAAGACUUUAACAAAUAAUGAUAUUUUUUUACCAAUCAAAAUAAAAGGACGAUUUCCAAAUUUGGAAACAUUAUCUUGGAAAAAUUUAAAAAAUGAUAUUUUAACAAUGUCGUUCGUGGGAUCAUGGCCAGUGUUACUCGGCGCGAUCCUUUUUCGUUUGCAAUUGGUAUACGGCGGACAAUAUCGGUUAUACGGUGAAAAUAAUUAUCGGUAUGGUGAUAAUAAUAAUCGACCCGUAUUUUCUCACACCAAUGCACCACCAAUGCACCAUCAAAUAGCAGCGUUUACUCAGUGUAAAAAAUGCGAACCAAUAAUACAAUACGAGGAAUGUAAGUCGAAUUCGAUACUACAUUUUGAGCGUAUUGGUAUAAGAACAGUUGGCGAUUUUUUCGUUAAGAGCAAAGAAAUAAAGGAGUUGUAUCUCGACGACAACGAGAUCACGGAAAUCUCGAUUAAAGCAUUCGAUUCGUUGGACAAGCUGAAUAUUCUAAGCCUGAACAACAACAAUAUUUCCAUUAAUAAAAUGCUAUGGUUCAACCAGCACGAUAAUUUGCGAGAUUUGAUUAUAAAUAACAACAAGUAUAACGGAAACGACACCGUUAUAGACAAAAUAUUCCAUCCAUUGCCGAGAUUAGAACGUUUGUCCUUGAAAAACAACAGAAUUUCUAAUUUGAAUAUCUCGUUAAAAAAUUUCGCGCCCUCGUUGAGGACGUUGGAUCUAUCGGGAAAUAAUAUGGAAUCGAUCGAUUUUAUCACCGAAUUGCCGGAAACUGUCUCUUAUUUGAAUUUACAUAAUAACUUGUUCUCGAACGUGAAGAAAAAUUCUUUACACAAUAUCGAAUAUUUAUUGCUAAGUAACAAUAAGAUCACGGAAUUGUGCAGUAUAAAUUGCAAACAGUAUUCCUUGUCGUUGGAAGGGAUGAGAAAAUUGUUGAAUCUGAACGUGUCCGGUAAUUGUAUCAAGACUGUUACGGAGAACGCGUUCAGAUACACGACGAAUCUCGUCUCGUUGGAUCUGUCCAGAAACGAGAUAGAAUCACUUCCAGAGAAUAUUUUUAGAGGCUUAGAAUCCCUGUUGGAACUUCGAAUGAGCCACAAUCGAUUCAUUUCCAUCCCGAAUAUAUGCGCGUUACAUUCGGUAAGACACGUGGAUCUCAGCUAUAAUCGAAUCGUGGAGAUAAACAGCGACAGCUUCUGUUUCACGACGUUCAUCGAAACGUUAAAUUUGUCCAAUAAUCAUAUCUUGAAUAUAAAUAAUAAUUUCGAUAAACUGCAAACGUUGCAGAAGCUGGAUCUUUCGAAUAAUUUUAUCAAUAAACUUCCGACAAUGUUGAUUCAAAGGGCACAAUUUCUCGAAAUUCUUUUGCUGAGGAAUAAUAGCAUAACGAGCAUCGACGAGCUAUUUUCUUUGCAAUUGAGAACAUUACGCGAAAUACAUCUUGAAGAAAAUCCGUUUUUGUUCUUAAGAUUUAACGAUUCAAUGAUAUACGUGAAAGAAUAUACAGAGUUGAAGAAUUGUGAUGUAGAAAUUACUGAAAUGUUAAAAAAGCAUGUUGUAAGUAAAGAAGAUGAUUCUUCGAGCAAUGAAAGCAACGAAAGCAAUGAAAGCAAUGAAAUUUAUUAACAAUAAUC